AUGGACCGGAUAAACCCACUGAAACUUCAAGAGGAAAGCAAGGUUUUGGGAGGUUUCUCCCUACGAUCCUUGAUUUUCCGCCAACAUGCCCAACUUAGCACCAUAUUUGAGGCCUGGCAGGAACUUACCAAACUGUUUUCUGAAAAGAAGAUUGAGCCAAUCGUGGACAGCGUGUGGUGUUUUGAGGAGGUGAAAGAGGCCAUGCAAAAGCUGCAAGAAAGACACAAUAUCGGCAAGGUUGUCCUCAAUCCAAAACUUCAACCAAAAGCUCCUGAGCCAGAGGCCAAGACUGCCGAGAAUGCAGAGGAGGCGAAGACGGAAAACAAGGAGGCCACAAAUUAG